CCCAUUGCCGGACGGCAGCGCGGUGCCCUGCUAGUUUUCCCUCCUCUGCGAGGUCAGAAAGCUUAUAUUUUACAUUUUAGCAAGGUUGCGCUACACAUACAUUGUGAUGGCGUCUCGCGGCCUCUUUGCCGCCUUGUGCGCUGCGUGCCUCGCGGUCGCAAGCGCGGCGCCCCUCCGCAACUCUGCGGACUGCGUGAACGUUGAUCUUCUGAAGGUCACCGGCGUGAAUGUCUUCCCCACGACGCGCCAAAUUUCGUCGAGCUCCGUGCAGUUCCUCCAGGACCGCACCACGGUUUCGGUGGCUCAGAACUUCGAGGUCUCCUACUACAGCACCUUCAAGGUGGUGACCAACCUGUACACCUUCGCCAAGGAGACGUACGUGCUGUACCAGUGCGGCACGGCCGCCCCCAACCCCGCUGACUACGGCCUGCCUGCCGCCACCAAGGUGCUGGCGGUGCCGCUGACGGCCGUGUCCGUGCAGGACACCACCGUGCUCAACUUCAUGAAAAUCCUCAACGUGCUGGACCGCGUGGCGUACGUCACCCCUUACGCCGUGGAGCCUUGCAUGCAGGCGCUGGCGGGCGGCAGCUGCAACCGCACCUCUGACAACGCGGUUGCCGACAAGAUUGACGGCAAGUUCGUGGGCUUCAGCGUCAAGCCCAGCGAUCCCCAGGCGAUCACCUUCACCGCCACCGCUGACCCGGGCCCGCUAAACCGCGCCGAGUACAUCAAGUACGUGGCCACCUUCUUCAACCGCGAGGCCGCCGCCAACACCGCCUUCAACGCUAUCGUGUCGGCCUACAACGCCAACAAGCAGCUGGCUGCCACCUACCUGUCCAAGAACUCUGCCGUCAGCCCGCUGGUUGCUUGGAUCUACUACCAGCCCAAGUACGACAGCGCCACCUACAAGGCGCCCGAGCAGGUGGUGCUGUACUUCAACGCCUACCGCCGGCAGUACGUGCAGGACGCCGGCGGCCGCCUGCACGACCUGGCCGCGCUGAACGCGCAGUACGGCAACAACAACACCAUCACCGUGUCGGGCAGCCAGCUGGUGUUCACCGACCUGCCCAACACGCUGCCGGUGCUGCGCACCAUCCUGGCCAGCGUGGAUGUGGUCAUUGACGAGUCCUUCUACGACGGCAAGAACCCCACGCAGAUCACGCUGGACGACUUCCGCGCCCUGUACGGCCUGACCGACGCCGCCGCCCUGACCGAUCUCAAGUUCCUGGCCAACCAGCGCCUGCUGCGCCUGGACGGCAGCGCCAACCCCGGCGGCACCACCGCCUGGUUUGAGGAGGCCGUCGCGCGCCCCGACAUUGUCCUGCACGACCUGGUGUCGGCCUUCCUGCCCAACGCCCUGCUGUCCAUUGGCGACACCGUGCCCGCCAAGCUGGUCCGCAACAUGUUCGCCUCCAACCCCGGCCGCGUGGUGCUGUCGUCCGCCGCGCAGUGCCCGGCCGCGCAGGCCACCUGCGGCGCACCCGCCUCGCCCGUCUGCCCCGCCGUCUACCUGGACUGCCAGGGCCGCCUGACUGCCGCCACUGACAGCCAGCCGUGCGCCCCGAGCUGCUCCGCCAGCCCCAGCAACAACGCCCCAAACGGGGCGGGCGGCGCCGCGUCCCGCGCCGCCGCCCAGCCCCUUCUGCUGGUCGCCCUCCUGGUCGCGGCCCUGGCCGUGCUGGGCUGGGGCCUGUAAGCGCCCCGCCUCCCAGGCGGUGAGGGCGGAUGGCAGCCGCGUCUCGCGGUUGCGAGAUCCCUUCAACAACGGACUGGCUUGCUUGUUGCGUAGCACGCAUGGCCGGGUAUGCGUGUCUACAAAGUUGUAUGUUGAGGAUGUGUGUGCGGUGAUUAUACAGUAUACUACGGACUCACUCGUGUGUUUGGUCAAGGGGGGUUCUUGUAGCGUCACAGCUCGGGGUACGCCUCUGGCGUGCGACGUGGCUGGGUGCACUGGCGUUGCUUGGGAGGCGUGCGGCAUAGCGGAUGUUUGUGUCAGCCUGUGAGCCGCCGGGGAGUGCAACCCCACUCGCCUCACAGUGUCAUGUGAUCCUCAGCGUGUGGACAGGGCCACAUGCGCGCACGGUGGAUGUAUGUGACAAUGCAUAUGCCGUAGUUAUUCAUGAACCACCCGGCUUUUGCCCGGAGGUGUUGUCGUUUUUGCUUUCGUGUGUUUGCGUGGGGUAUCGUGAAACGCCAUUUCAGUGCUAGCUGCAGCUACUUGAUUUGUGAAGUGCCUGUGAGCAGCCCGCCCAGAUGGCGAGAGCUGCUUGGAGUCAGGUAGUGUCACUGUGGGUAUUUGCGCAGCGAGCUCACGCGGGCAGAAGUGCCUUGUGCCUCCUGUAGGUAGACGGUGGUCCCGCGGUCUCAUGACUAACUGAAAGGUGCGGCGUGGCGGGUGGCCGUGUGGAGGGCCUGUAACAACAACAACACGCCGCGAGGGGGGAGGUCACGCACCUGUGGUGCGCGUUCACACUGUCUUUUGUAAUACCAGGCCUUAUGUUGUCGACGACAACAUAAUCCAACAAUUAAAGUCGGGCGGGCCCUUCUCCCGGGUUGGCUGGACAGUGACAGGGCCCCGGCGAGGGUGGGCUGUAAGACCAGACCUCA